AUGGCUGGGUUAACAGAACAAGUGUUUAUUAAACUUCAACUAUUGAGUAUUUGGUUCGUUCAUUUACCAAUUACUCAAAAACUGUCUAUCGUUGUAAUUGCUCCUUUAAUCUUCAAUAUAUUAUACCAAUUACUCUAUUCACUACGUAAAGAUCGUGCUCCGCUAGUUUUCUAUUGGAUCCCAUGGAUUGGUAGCGCUGUUGAAUACGGUACUGACCCAUAUGGGUUUUUCCGUAGAAACCAAGAAAAAUAUGGUGAUGUUUUCAGUUUUGUUUUGUUAGGUAGAGUAAUGACCGUUUGUCUAGGUCCUAAAGGUCACGAAUUUGUUUUCAACGCUAAAUUAAAUGAUGUUUCUGCUGAACAAGCCUACACUCACUUAACUACUCCUGUUUUCGGUAAAGGUGUUAUUUACGAUUGUCCAAACCAUCGUUUAAUGGAUCAAAAGAAGUUUGUUAAAGGUGCCUUAAGUGUUGAAAGUUUCAAAAAAUAUGUUCCAUUAAUCGCUGAAGAAGUGGAAAAGUAUUUUCAAACCGGCUCAUAUUUCAAAUUAAGUGAAAACAAGCACGGUAUCGCCAAUAUCAUGGUUACCCAACCGGAAUUAACUAUCUUCACUGCCUCUAGGUCUUUAUUGGGUAAACAAAUGAGAGAAAAAUUAAAUACCGAUUUUGCUUACUUGUACAGUGAUUUAGAUAAAGGGUUUACCCCAAUUAAUUUUGUCUUUUCAAACUUACCAUUACCUAACUACAAAAAAAGAGAUUACGCUCAAAAAACUAUUUCCAACACCUACAUGGAAUUGAUUAAAGAAAGAAGAGCUAACAACGAUAUUCAAGACAGAGAUUUAAUCGACGCUUUAAUGAAAAGUUCUACUUACAAGGAUGGUGUUAAGAUGACUGAUCAAGAAAUUGCCAAUUUGUUAAUUGGUGUUUUAAUGGGUGGUCAACAUACCAGUGCUGCAACCUCCGCUUGGAUGAUCUUACAUUUAGCUGAAAGACCAGAUUUACAACAAGAAUUGUUUGAAGAACAAAUGCGUGCUUCUGACAAUGGUUCCAAACCAUUAACUUAUGAGGUUAUGCAAAAUAAUAUGCCGCUAUUAAAUCAAACUAUUAAGGAAACCUUAAGAAUGCAUCAUCCAUUACAUUCUCUAUUCCGUAAAGUUACUAGAGAUUUGCACUUUCCAAAUACAUCUUAUGUCAUUCCAAAGGGUUAUCAUGUUUUAGUUUCACCAGGUUACACUCAAUUACAAGAUACAUUUUUUCCAAAUGCCAAAAAAUUCGACCCUCAUCGUUGGGAUUCUGAUGCUGUUUCAUCUUAUGCCACUGGUGAAAAAGUUGACUAUGGUUUCGGUGCUAUUUCUAAGGGUGUUUCUUCUCCAUAUUUGCCAUUCGGUGGUGGUAGACACAGAUGCAUCGGUGAACAUUUUGCUUAUUGUCAAUUAGGUGUUAUCAUGAGUAUUUACGUCAGAACUUUUAAAUGGAAGUUCCCAAAAUCCAUGAACGGUGUUCCUGAGCCAGAUUUCCAAAGUAUGGUUACCUUACCUAAGCCACCUUGUGAAGUCGAAUGGGAAUUAAGAGAAACUUAUGAUGGUCCUAUUUUGACCGCUUGA